UCAUUUCAAGCAAAAAUCUGGGGGAUCGAAAAAAGGAGAAAGGGAGAUAUUCAUCACCAAUAUGGGCUCAACUGUAAUAUCUAUUCCGGAUGGAGAGGGGGUUCCUGCUCUUGAGGAGAAGAAGAAGUCUCAUUUCUCACUUCAACCCAUGAUUUCCUAUCUAAGAGAAAAGAAGAAGAAAGUACUGAUCAAAUUUUCACUUCCUCCCAUUUUUUCCAAUCUUAGAGAAAAGAAAACUAAGCAUGACCUGAGAAGAGUCAUUCAUAGUGUCAAGGUUGGAACUGCGCUGGUUUUGGUUUCACUUCUCUACCUCUUGGAUCCACUUUUUAGGCAAGUUGGAGAAAAUGCCAUGUGGGCUAUAAUGACAGUUGUGGUCAUCUUUGAAUUCUAUGCAGGUGCUACACUAAGCAAGGGCUUGAACCGUGGACUUGGAACUAUAUUAGGAGGUGGACUGGGUUGUUUAGCAGCAGCCCUAGCUCAAGAAGUAGGUGGUAUUGGCAACGCCAUUGUCGUUGGCGUUUCUGUUUUCAUUUUCGCUGCAGCUGCAACAUAUACUCGAAUGAUUCCAAGCAUUAAGAAAAGAUAUGAUUAUGGGGCCUUGAUAUUCAUCCUCACCUUCAAUUUAGUAGUGGUUUCUGGUAUACGUGCUGAAGAGGUCAUGACAGUAGCCCGUGAACGUCUCUCAACAAUUGGUAUGGGCUUUGCCAUCUGCAUUUUCGUAAGCUUGUUUGUCUUCCCUGUUUGGGCUAGCGAUGAACUUCAUCACUCUUUUGCCUCCAAAUUUGAAGACCUAGCACUCUCUAUGGAAGGAUGCCUGGAGGAGUACUUCAGUUUCAUGAGCGAAAAGGAAAACCAGCCUAAAGCAAAUUUUAGUAUCUGCAAAUCCAUCCUGAACUCCAAGUUCAAGGACGAGGCACUGACAAAUUUCGCAAAAUGGGAACCAUGGCACGGAAAAUUCGGACUGUACUACCCUUGGGAAAAAUAUUUGCAGAUUGGAGAGCAACUUAGAGAGCUGGCAGCGACCAUCCUUUCACUGAAAACUUGUCUUCAAUCUCCUAAACAGCCAACAACUCAGAGAGAAACACUGAAAGAACCAUGCGAAGCAGUUGGAUCGUUACUUGCAUGGACACUAAGAGAGCUUGGGGAGAGUAUCUUCAAAAUGAGAAGAUUUCAUGCAGGAGCUUCGAUUGUGCCAAAUUUGAAGUCAGCGAGACUAGAGCUCGGCUCGGUUUUGUCGUUGUCACCUUCGAAGCUUAUGGAGAAUGGUGAUCAUGGACUAAUUGCAAUGGCAACCCUUGUGUUCUUAUUAAUGGAGGUAGUGGAGAAGGUGGAAAAAGUGGCGAAGGAGGUCGAACAACUUGGAGAGAUUGCUCAUUUCCGUACCCAAUUAACUUUAAUUUGUCCCUCGGCCACUCCCUGAGUAUAUGCAUGCGGUGUACAUUAUAUAUAACCAAUUGCUAUUCGCCAGUUUAAUUUUUGGCCUGGGAAUUAAUUAAAUAUAUAUG